AUGACAAGAAGUAGGGGGAACUCUCUUGUACAAAGUAUCGCAACUCACGCUCCUUCAGGGAAAUACUUAUCACCAAGUUUACAAGAUGAUGAAUUACUAGGCAAGCUCCGAAGAAUUGGUACGAGUUACAAACAGAUCGAGGUUCGCGCGCAACCAGAAGCUAGAUGCAAAGAAAACAAGUAUUCAAAGUAUGAUCAAUAUGUGACCGGUGUUGAUGUGAAAGUGAGUGAAUAUCAAACAGUGAUUGAUCAAGCGGAAAAGAUAAAUAAGCAACUUGCUCUCACAGUUGACAAGUUCUGCGCUAUAUCAUCAGAGACUCGUGAUUUCACAGAGUCAACCUAUGAACUCUUCGAAAAGUUCAGAAAUCUUGAUGAUCUCCACAAAUCUAUAAGGGAGUACCUCAGUUACUUCGAAGCGUUGGAUCCGAUUGUGAGAGGUUUGCAUCACUUUUCAUCUCCAAACAUUGUGAGGAAGAAUUCAUUCAAGUCCAAGUUAUCGAAAAUAGAUGAGUCUUUACAAUUUCUUUGCGAACACAAAGAGUUUAAAGACGCAGAAGCUUACCGCAUCAAGUUCAAACAGUGCAUGGUCCGUUGCUGCAGCCUUAUGGCUACUUAUUUGUCGAACUGCUUGCGUUCUAUGUUCGAAGAGGUCGUUAAAUCCCUCGAAGGUAUCUCGCAGUCGGCGACCAGAGAUGCGCUACUGUACAACAAAUUUUCUUCUAUUGCAGCCGAUUUUUAUUCCGUGUCAAGGGAACUUUCAUCCCGCUACUCUAGUAAGCAUCAUCAAACAUACCACGAAGAGUUAAACAGCAUUUUACAAGACUGCUACAAUGAAUAUUUCCGAAUCAGGAUCAAGCUUCUAGGUCCCCUAAUCUCGAGUCAGCUGGAAAACAAAGAAGCACAACAGAAGAACUUUUCUCUAGUGAAGGAUAUACAAGACAACCUGCUCUUUUUUACACAGCUCUGCGAGGAUGAAUAUAGCCUUAUCGUACAGUUCUUUCCAGAAAAAGAGGGUAAGAAAAGCUUUAAUGAAUGGCUUUUUCAUCUCUGUGAACCCCUUCACGAUCACGUCAGAGAGAAAGUGUUACGAGAAUCCGAUGUGGCAUCAUUAUGCGAUGCAGUUACCUUGCUCAAUAAGUAUUACCAAUUUGAAGAAAACUCGGAAGAGUAUGAUGCACAAUUUAGAAGCGUUCAGCUUGACAAAAUAUUUGAGCCCCUACUUCAGGAUGUUCAAUACAGACUAAUCUUUAGAGCACAAAUAUAUGUCGAAACAAGCAUCAUCGCCUAUAGACCCACGAGAGACGCUUUUUCCAUCAAUCAUCGCAAGGGUGGACUGUCAAAGAUCGAAAAAGGUGAUGGUAUUGUGAAGUCAUUCCUCGACAGUAUAUCCGAGUCUAAAGACGAGGUCGAAGAGAUGCACUCAUGCUACCCACCUGUCACCAGAGCAAUCGCACUUCUAUCAAAAAUUUAUCAAAUGGUAAAUUCAUCUAUAUUCGACACUCUGGCUCAUCACAUAGUCCAUGACUGUGUCGAAUCCCUAAGAGCGGCGCUUCGCCUAGUUCGAGAAUCUGAGGAUAACCUCGAUGUUAACCUAUCCUACCUGAAAAAUCUUCUGAUGCUGCGAAAGCAAGUACAGAACUUUGACAUUCAGUACGUUUGCAACGAAACGUAUGUCGAUUUCUCGGGCCUGAGAGACUUUCUUCGGUCUUUGGCGCAUGGUGGACUAUCUGCGGCUAGCAACUCUGUUUUUAGUCUGGCUCGCGAAGGUGCUCCAAAGGUUGUCAAAAACAUGGUUGAUGCACGCUCUGAGCUUUCGGUUGAGCUCCGAAAUGCCAUAAAAGAGCUGACGGAGACUGCGGCCCACGAGAUAGUAGGAGGAUGCUUAAACUGUUCCGGAGUAUUGAUUUCUGACAACACUCAACUCAGGAAGAAUGUUGAGGUUAUUCUACCCAGGAUAUACAACCAAAUGUGCAUUUUCAUAAAAGACCACGAAGUCCGGAUUCACCUCAUUGACGCGAUACAGGACCUCGUCAUCCGUGCUUACGCAGACUAUUACGAAGAUGUGACUCAACAAGCAGAAAACGGAAAAAUAGCAAAGGAAGACGUCUCAGAAAUUAUGUAUGUCGAUGUCUUUGCCGACUUGUUCAACAACGUUGCAAGCCAAUUAGAAAAGGGGGGUGCAAGCAACUCAAUUGUCUAA